AUGCGUUCAAGUAUCCCCGUUCCAGAUGAGAUGGUGGUCCCAACAAUACCGUUACGAUGUUCGGAGUGUGGCAAAGAGGUGACGUCGACGAUCAAUAAAUCAUUAUCGCUCGAUAAUCAUUUACGCGAUUCAACGACGCGAAAAUUCGAUGCUAAUGGCGGCAGCGGUGUGAUCGAGUUUUGGUGGUGUCGCGAUUGUGCACAAGGUGUUUGCAAGUGA